AUGGCUCUGCGUACUCCUCUGCCUCCCCCUCUGCGGAAGGGUUUGACCACGUUCAGUGGCUCUCUCUUCAUCAACAACAAGACUAGUGACUGUGGUGUGACACAGAUCUACAACCCAGGACAGGAGGUGCUUUCCAGUUUGCCUUUGCAAAUGAUGCUCUAUUUCAACGUCUUUUACUUCCCAUUCUGGUGUCUGUCAGAGGGAUUCAUGCUGGAACUUAAGUACCACCUCCUGCCCACUCACUAUCAGGUUCUCCUUGUUGGUGCAUACCUGACGAUCGUCUUAACAGAAGGUUUGCGCCUGUACCUUGGAUACAUUGGAAACUUGCAAGAAAAGGUCCCAGAACUUGCUGGCUUCCUCCUGAUAUCGUUCAUGAUAGAGCUGCCCAUCCUGUUGUUUCUCCUGAGUGAUGAGGACACCAUCAGACUGCCUCUGGAGAUAGCCACGCAUCUAAUCCUCUUCCUCUUUCUCACCUGUGAGAUCACAGCUGCCUUUUUUGCACUUAAAGGGAUGACCAAACAGCUGGCCAUGCGAUUCUACCUGAAGCAAUUUGAAGAGGGACCUGAAAGGCCAGGGAAGCCACCCGCAAGUAUGAGCGGCUGCCAGUGGGGAGAGGUCAGUUGGGGGAGUCUGCUGCCCAUCUACCCUGAACUUGCACACGAUCAGUAAUGCAUAGCAAGAGUCCAGCU